CAUGUAGAAGCACGCUUACAACACUCCGUACAACAUCUGUACAUGAUCGGUUCCAUCUCAAUACUUAAUUAUUCCUCCCCCUAUUAAGCAACGGGAGAUGCUAGUAUAACAACCCUAACCCAGAUGCCAAGCAUCCUUCAACUCCAGUACCACCAAUCCCAUGAGCACCCGAGCCGCCCCUCCUGCAGCAAGGGAGAAAGAGUGAGAGAUGAGGAAAUGGAGACACACAACAGAGAAACCCGGACCAUUCGCAACCCUUGAAUGAGCCAAUCUGAAAGUGCUAUUUUUGGUUCCGUUAUCCGUUCCCUGCAGCAGCCGCAGUUCCCACCCAGAAAGCCGACCCUGAGCCAAGCAAGCUUGGGGUGGCAGCCUAAAGGUACAGACAGACAGCUGUCUGCGGAGAUGAAAGGUCUCGAGCGACUCAUUGGCAUCAUUGCUCGCGCUUUGAUUUCAAUUGUAGAGGCACGCACCACACACAAAAGCUGAAACCCUGAAUCGCGACACGUCCUUCUCCCCGGCAUCCCCGGCAUCCCCGCCAUCAUCAUUGUCCGCCCGGACAUGACCUGGACUGAAUUGAAAACAGAAAGCACAAAAAAAAAACCAUCGACAAGGCCGCCACCAGGGCUGUUCGCGGUAGUACAGUGAGCAACCCGCCCGCCCGCCUGCCUGCCACCCUCAACAGCAAACUCCUCGUAUGUAGCUGGGCUGGGUCGAUUCAAGGCUAGACGAGGUGAUACAGACCGCUAGCCUGUGAACCUUGGUUUUAACCCAAUAAAACCGCAAGUCUUCCGAGCUUGCGGGAGCGAAUAGUGCAAACAUCCCCUCAAUUGAGACAAUCUUUCUUCUUGGGGCCUGGUGUCGUCCCGGGAUCUCCGACAUAAGGCCUCAAACCCGGCGCAUUUGCCCUAAACUGGACCCUGACUGCUGGUACGCGACGCUGGUGGACGUCUAUCGACUUCCUUGUUUGUUGGGAGCCUUCCCCAAACGCUGUCAACCCGUCGGUAGCUUAUACUGGGGGUCUUGGGCGGAUGUCGAUGAAUUGAUUUCCUCCGCCUCAUUAUAUCUGCCAGUCUCCAGGGAUGGACUGCGGGGUCUAUAUCUGUCGAUGCUCAGCCCUCUUGGAAUCGCACGCCAAAUUAUAGUCAUAUACGCGAGCGCGAGUCAUCCCAUUAAACGCCUUAAGCGCCGCAGUCACUCGCACUAACUCCACGCAUCUUUGGACGGCAUUGUUUACCUACCUAUACCCUAUCAAGGGGCUUGAUCACUGACCGCGGCCUCUUGCGUCACCCAAAUACGCACGCCUCGCUUUCUCACGGCGGUACGACUGCCUCAUACAGUGCCAUGCUACAGCGACCAACAAGAACCGCUGUUACCACUGGAGUUCUUCUAUCGCCUACCGCUCCAACACCGCGAGCUAUGGUUACUUCGUCCACUACAGCAGUACGCAGACCGUCUCUUCCUUCCCGGCACGCGAUAACGAAUGAAACCAUCGGCGACGCCUACGUCAGUUUCAUAUUCUACUGUAAUCCGGCAGUGCCGCCCAGUACCGACUCCUCGGCCCUCAAGGAGGCCUUCUGGCUGCCACCCAAGAGUGAAGGCAAGACUUUUAGCACCUUCACUCUGUACGAGCUUAUUGGGAAGCUGAACCAACGAGAUGAAGUCAAGACUUGGGGCGACUUGGCUCUCCGCCUUGGUGUCGAACGUCCCAAGGCCGAGAAGCAACAAAGCGCCCAAAAGAUACAACAGUACGCCGUGCGCCUGAAGCGCUGGAUGAAGUCGAUGCAUGUAGAUGCAUUCUUCAACUACCUCUAUGGCGAGGAAAACGAAUAUUUCACGGACAUACCCCCAGAAGGAACCCCCAUCACUGAUGUUUCACGGGACGGCGUAGCGCCCGAGGAUGACAUGGCUUUGCGCGCCCUUCUCCCCCAUAUAAGGCCCAGAAGGGGCAGAAGGGCACGGGAUGACGACGAGUCAGGAGAGUCGCCCGCAAAGGUAGCAAGGAUUGAGAUGGAUGAUUGCCCGCCGACUGCCGGUCGGACAGACGCUAUACAUGACCCUUGGUCGGCUCUGCCUGGCAGUCUUGGCGGUGACUUGAGGAAUGUGCCAGGAGCUUCCAACCAAGCUUGGACGAUUGAUCCACCUCCACUAUCAGCGCACCCUCGGUCGGCAAUCACACCCUCCACGAAAGCUCAGUUCUGGGCUGAUGAGCCCAAGUCAGCCAUCACACCCAGCCGCACAGGCAGUACCGGUCACAAACGGCAUGGGCCAAAAGUGGUGUCGUCGGCCUGGAAGAGCGGCCAAGGUACGAGCGGCAAGACACGCGGGCGGCCUCCCAACAGUCGUAUGUCAAACAAUGAAGGCGCCUCGGCUUACCCCAUGGAUACACCGAUCUCGGCCGCGCCGAACUGGCCAACAAGUAAUAAUACCACAGAUCUUGGUUGGGGCCGUGGCGAUUUGCCAUCGACACACGACAUGCUACAGUCUAAAUCCUCCCAAACGCCACCCGCACACGAGGCCACUCCGCCAACCCUUCCUGCUCUGAACACGGCUCUUUCGAUUCAGGAUCUGCAGCAACAGCCGUACCCGCAGCCCGACCUGCAGUCGUCUUCCCGGCCACUAGAGAAGCCCAAGGGACUUUCAUUGCAUGUUCCCGAGAGGGUUGGAAAUGAAGUGCGAUUAGCAACACCUCCCCCGCCUACCGUUACGGUCAAUGGACAGUCGCCUGCUCCACCAGUUCAGGGCCCGAAAUUAUCAGGACCCGAAUUUCCACAAGCCCCCAGCGUGCGGCUCACGCCAGAAGUAACGUCAUCCAUACCACCGCCGGACCCCAGCACUACCGAGGACGACAAGCCCAAAGUUUGCUUCAAAGACCCUAGCAAUCGCACCAACAUGGACGAGCUUGAGGGCUUCUUCGCACACGAGAUCAUGACCGGAAUCUGGCGGGACAAGGACGGCAACAGAAUACCUAGCUGUAGCGUGGACGAAGCAUUUGCUAUAGUCCGCAAGGUGAUCCAGAGCCUCCUGGACGCUGCCAUUACGGAGGUUGGGUUCAUGCUCAACGUAUCUGCUCUUGCAGGUGGCAAGGUGCUCAUGACGACCUCAUCACUGCAGAUCACAGUCGUCGAGGAGCGGGAAGAGGAAACUCUUUACAGUUGCAAAUGGCUUUUGCAGCUCGGUGACCUCAAGGGCGAUUUCGAGAUGCAGGAAACGGUAAGACACGAUACGUGGCGGAAGCCGGCAGACCUGAGGCGGAAUGGGGCCUCAGGAGCUGAGGUCUCUGUGCCCAAGGCGUCACGAUCAGAGGACUCCAAGGUGAUGACCGCAUCGGAAAGCCAGGGGACCUCAGGCGGGACUGCUCCAAAGCCAAGAACGAACUCGGGUAGCUCUGCGGAAGUGAGUGGCACUGAAUCCGCCGAUUACUGGAAGGAGAAGUACCGUGAAGUGGCCGAGAUGUAUAAGCGGAAAGACAAGGAGCUAGCCCGAAUGCAAUCAGCAGUAAUGAAGGCCUUGCAGGAUCCACGUGCGGACCGACUAUAAUUUGAGGGAUGGGCUGGUUGUGUAUAUAGAAGAAAAUGAAGGAUAAUGAUCAUAGCAAAAGUUUUUGGAUACCCAAUUUGAGCACACUAAAGGCUGUACCCAGACACAAUUUCAAGAGGUGG